UUUUUAUUAGAUUUACGUACUCUUCAACAUGUGUCUAUUUCGUUCGGACUUAGAAAAGGUGCGAUCUUUAAAUUCGAUUCGGCCCCUGUUUCCUGUUUCGUCUGUUUUUGUUUGAUGAUGUGUCGAGGAUCGGGACAUAGUGUUCUUGCCGCACAAGUUAGAAAACACUUGGAUUCGGCAUCUGAUUUUUUUCUUGGAUUACAUGUCGCGAAACUUCCGUCAGUAGUCCACACCGUAUCCAACUGGGCGCUAUUAGCUUCGUAUUAGAGGACACGAUUGGUCGCCUUAUAUAUCUCUGCUCUGGUGAUGCCUGGAUCCGUAGCACCAAAACCAGAGAUUUGGCGAUCCUCUGCCGAGUUGUUCUAUUGCUCCUUCCUCCACAACGAAGCAUCAAAGCUUCAGAUAGGGUCACUCAGCAACUACUAUGAGGUCUCUUAUGGAGAGGGAACCGUGCCCGGACCGCAUCCUUGGUGCUGUGGGUGGGGCGUUCACCAUGGGUGCCGUGGGAGGUUCUGCCUUCCACUUCAUCAAGGGUCUCCGCAACUCACCCAAUGGCGCACGGAUUGCUGGUGGUCUGGAGGCUAUGCGUUUGAAUGUGCCACGUGUUGGUGGCAGCUUCGCUGUUUGGGGUGGGCUGUUCUCAGCCUGUGAUUGUGCCCUGAUGUAUGUGCGUCAGAAGGAGGAUCCCUGGAAUUCCAUCCUUUCUGGUGCAGCAGUUGGUGGCAUCCUUUCUGCGCGUCAGGGCUUCCGAUCAGUUGUUCGGUCAUCCCUGCAGGGUGCGGUUCUCCUUGCCUUCAUUAGUGGGGCAGGUAUGAUGGGGCAAUGCUCUCCUCAACCUAAUACUGUAUCAAUGCCAGUCGACGACCAAGUUAUCAUCCCUGUGGAAACAUCCUCUUGGUGGUUUAGCGGAUUAUUUGGGAAAAGGAAGGUGGAAGAAGGAGUCACAAAUAGCAGCAACAAGACUGAUACUUUUGAGACUUAUGAUGUGCCCAGCGUGCCAACACCGUCGUUUGAGUAUAAGUAGAUUCAUGGUGGAUGGACAUGGUAAUUUCUCAGCUGAUGGGGUUAAUUGCUCUUUUGUUGAUGUUUCUUUGUUAAAGUGUAUCUGGACUUGUAUCAGAUUGUCUUUCUAAUGACUUUUGCUAGUAUCAAAAUCAGGGACAGUGUUAGGGAAGGUAGAAGGAGAACGAUUUCUUUUUAUGUGGGUUGCAGUAGAGGUUUAUUUGGUGAUGUAAAGGAACAGAGGUCCAGCUUUCACAUCUUUGUUAAUUUUUCUAAGUUUCUGGGGUUGGAGUUGGACAAAUUGUUUGAUGAUGUGUUUGGUGGGAUGCUAUUCUCAGCACCAGCUGCUUGUUAAUUUAUACUUCCUUUCGUGGUUUUUAAGGCGGCAAGGCGAGGCGCAGUUACCCACCCCCUUCUAGCCGCCUAGUUGCUUACGGCGUGCGGCGAGGCGACGCCAUACACACAUCCUAACCUACAUUGGCUCUAUUCUCUUCCCUUCUCUUUUCUUCUAUUUUGACUAACAAAGCAAAGCAGAGCAGCGCACAACAGACUAGCAUAGCGAAGCCAAAGGCAUAGGACUAGAGCAGUGCAGAACACAACACUACAGCAGAGUAGGGAGAGGGAGGAUUGGAGGAUUACCUCCUCUCUUGUUCGGCCGCCGCCGAGCAGAGCACGAAGGGGAUCCAACCACUAAGAAGAGAUGGUAUACCGCCGCCAAGCAGAGAAGAGAAUGGAUCCUGCCGCUGAGCACAUCAGAGCAGGUAUCCUACUGCCAAGCACAUCAGAGCAGGGAACCCACUGUGGAGCACAUCAGAGCAGGGAACCCACUGUGGAGCACAUUAGAGAAGGGAUCUCUCCACCUCCGAGCUGCCCCGUUCCCUCCCUCUCCCUGUUUCUGAAGGCACUCUGAGAUCCCGCUGCUCCGCCGCCACUGUCAGUUUCAGGUUCUGCCGCUCGCCACCUCUUUCCCUUCCUCUCUUUGUUAACCUGUUUCUAUUUCCCUCCCUCUAUUUCCCUCCUUUCCGUGCGGCACUCCCCUCUUUUCCCGUGCGCGCCUCUUUUCAUGCUCGCUUUCUAGCUCGUCUUCGUUGAAUGACGUCCGCCUCAAGCCGUUGGGCGCCAAAACGACACCUUAUCGUGCCUAGGCGACGCAACAACGCUCAAGGCGGACGCCAUACGCCCCAGAGCCUAAGCUUGCUUGGACGCUUAGGCGAUGCCUUAAAAAGCAUGCUUCCUUUAGUUACAUGUGUGUUGAUGUCUUUAAUUGUUAAUGAGGUUAGGCUUCAUGGCCUACAAAAGUUGCAACUUUUGAUUGACUUUGCUUCUAUUAGCCACAAACUAACUUCCAUCAACUGUGUAAGCUAGAAAGAUACCGUGUAGGUAAGGCAUGUUUUGCUUAUCAGUUUCUUCGUCCUACAAAAAUUUGUGACCAUUUACUUCUUUCUCACCUAUCAUGAUUGUGAAAUGAGUAGUUGUGAUUUUAUAAGAGCAUGAAUAUGUUCAAAAACAGCUGACUUAGUAUACAAAAGAGAAGAAAAGUUGGGUCAGCUUCUUACGAGUUAUGACUCAAGUUAAUAUAGAACCAUUUGACAGGCUGACUGAAGAUAUAUGACUCCCAAUAAAUAUUACAACGUGUUGAAUCUGUACAUCGCAUUUGAAAUAUCCAACAUUUUGGACUAACAAUGGAAAUUUGGUUUUUUUUGGUUUGCAAAGUUACAUGUUAAGGUGUAUGGACAUGUCUUAUUUCAAAUUUCUUGUUCUUCAACUGUGUAUUUAACUAUGCUGCCUUGGAAACUCCUCCUGAAAUAGCUUAAGCACAUGGUGUCCAAGAAAGUAUCAGGAUUUUAAAUUGUACUUUGUACUUGAAUUUAGAGACUGGGGUUUUCUUAGAUAGAUCUGCUGACUGCCGCUGAGCCAAUUCAGUCAAUUGCUGUUGGAUGAUAAUUAAUGGUGGGCUGUUUUGCUAACUACGGAUCAGAAGGUGUUCUAUUGAUGAUCUUCUCAUUGAAUGGUUCUAUAUAACUUGUUGAAUCAUGACUUGUAAUAAACGUUAUAUAUGGAGGCUAGAAUUCCAAUGUAUUGAACCACCUAUUAUUUGGUUGGAUUCUCAUUGAGAUUUCGAAACUAGCAGAAGAUUUGUAGUAUUUUUGUUAGACAAGAUCGAGCAUAUCGUUUGUUUCUGUGAUGCCCCUUUGAUUCGAUGCGAAGUUUUAUGUUUUGCUUGUGAUGCUCAUCAGGCUAUGCAUCACUGAAGAUGUUUAGACGCUGUGACCUGUGCUCGCAAACAAUAGGAUAACAGACACUCUUAUAUUUUUAUCAGAUUAUCUUGUUUUUUGUACUUGGAUCUGUUAACCAACAUGAUCUAGAGUUCUUGGGUAGCUGGAGUUCAUGAACAAGUGUGCUAAUUCGUGUCUACU